AUGUGGGUCCGGAAGUUUCUGAAUGUGCGGGACCCGGAGGAACCUCGCCCAGACGUGGAGGCGCCGUCGUGGCCGGACCUGAAACCCAAGAUAGAGGUGCUUGCCCAGAAGGUGGCCAUGACGUCCGUCUUUGCCUCGGACGGCAGUACAGUACCCGCCACACUGCUUCAGGUACUACCUGCCACCAUCGUGCAGUUCCUGGAGUACGGAAAAGCCCUCGUGGCAUUUGAAGACCCGCUGCACAACCACCGUUUUCUGCGGCGGUCGGUGCUGGGGGUGCUGCAGCGUGUGGGGAGCAGUGGGGUAGGGACGAGCACGGCGGGGGGGCGCAGCACCGGUAGUGUUGGCAGCAGCACAUUUGCUGCGGUGUACGUACAACCGGCAGCAGACUAUGUUUUGGGACAGAUUCUGGACGCCUCUGCCCUGGUGGGGGCUGCCCGCGUGACCGUCAAGGGACGCCCGAAGAAGAAAGGAUUUGAGGGCGUCAUGCAACGUCACGGCUUUAAGGGGGGUCCCGCGACGCACGGCUCGAAGCACCACCGGGGGCCGGGAUCUGUGGGGGCGGGAACGGAUCCCGGGCGGGUUCUUCCAGGCACGCGGAUGGCUGGGAGAGAUCCAAAACAGAGCAGCACUGUCCGAGACUUGCUGCUCCUGGGUCUCAAUCUCAAGACAAACGCGCUCCUAGUAAGGGGUUCCGUGCCCGGGCAUUCCGGAAAAACGAUCCUAAGGGUCCAGUGGGACAGGGCCAGAGAGCAGCAGCGCGACCUGCGCCAGCGCCUGACUAAAGCUGCGGCAGAUGAGUUCAUAGAACAGAAGAAGGGGAAGCCAACAGGCUAG